AUGGCUGAUAACCCGUCUGCAGCAUGGCCAGUCGCUGACUCUGCGCUUUCGCAAAAAAUCCUCGAUACCGUCCAGCAAGCAUCGCACUACAAGCAACUGAAGAAAGGCGCAAACGAGGCUACUAAGACCUUGAAUCGCGGUACUUCCGAGUUGCUCGUUCUUGCCGCUGACACAUCACCACUGGCGAUUCUGCUUCAUUUGCCUCUUUUGGCCGAGGACAAGAACGUUCCGUACGUCUAUGUUCCAUCAAAGGUCGCUUUGGGACGUGCUUGCGGCGUUUCGAGGGCUGUCAUUGCAGCAAGCAUUACAACCAACGAGUCUUCGGAUCUGAUGCCCCAAAUCCGCGAACUGAAGAACCGUGUGGAGAGAUUGAUGAUCUGA